AUGGACGAGUCGGGGCUGGACAAUGAGGGCAAGGCCUACACCUCGUGCAAGGAGAUGUGGCAGGCGGAGUUGGGCGAGAAGGGGGAGAAGCGGGAGACCUGGUACUCGAAAGCCGUCGAAUACUGGGAGAAGUCGGAGCCGACGUACAACGGCGUGAUGGGCGGCUUCGAGAAGGUAUCGCCGCUCGACGUGCGCGACAGCAAGAAGUUCCUCAAGCGCCACCUCAAGCACCUCCUGGAACAAAAGGAACACGACGGGCGGAAGCUGCGCGUGCUGGACUGCGGCGCGGGCGUCGGGCGGGUGUCGCAGGAGCUCCUGCUGGAGUUCUUCGACACCGUGGACCUCGUCGAGCCCGUCGGGAAGCUCCUCGACACCGCGAAAGUCAACCUGGCACAGGCAGUUGAGUCAGGUCGGUACCCAGACGGACACGCGGCGGGGGAGUUUUUCGUCAAGGGCCUGCAGGAGCUCGAGCUCGAGCCGGAGUCCUACGACGUCAUCUGGCUGCAGUGGGCGAUGCUGUACCUCACAGACGACGACGCGAAGGCGUUCUUCGAGAAGUCCCUCGCGGCGCUGCGGCCGCGCGGGCGCAUCUUCGUGAAGGAGAACACGUGCGAGGUCGGGUUUGUGGUCGACAAGGACGACUCCUCCCUGACGCGGUCCCGACCCUACAUGGAGCAGCUCUUCAAGCAGGCGGGCGCGGUGCAGCUGGGGAGCGCGCGGCAGACGGGGUUCCCCGAGCAGCUCUUCGAGGUCCAGAUGUACUGCCUCGCGCGGCCAGGGAACAUCUGA